GGGAGGGGGAGUGACGACCGCCGUGACCACCCCUCCCUGCCCGGUCGCUGCUGUCGGGUCUCGGAGCGGCUUCCCCGGAGCCGGGCGUGUGACGAAGCGAGAGUGGAGGCGGCGCUGCCCGAUUUGUUUGUAAAUGCAUCACAAAGAGGCAGCCCAGAAUGAAGAAAGCAAGCAGGUCUGUUGGCUCAGUGCCCAAAGUGCCCGGGAUAAAUAAAACAAUAGAAAAAAUCAAACCAGAAAACGGCUCCUCAGUGUCUGCAGUAACAAAACUCUCAAAAACUGGAACAUCAACAUCCCUGCUGAAGACAAAAAGUAAUGAUGACCUUUUAGCGGGAAUGGCUGGUGGUGGGGUGACUAUGACCAAUGGUGUGAAGGCAAAGAAGAGCACCUGCACAUCCACAGUAUCUUCAGCUUCAGGGACCACCAUGAACAACCUGGAGAAUAAGCCCAAGACUAUUACAGGUACGAGCUCCACAGCCAAGCGUAGCACUUCAUCUGGAAAUAAAGAAUCUAGCUCUUCUAGGGAAAGAAUACGCGAUCGUUCCCGUCUGAACCAAAGCAAAAAACUGCCUUUGACAGGACAGGGGACUAAUGAUACCAUUCUGGCAAAACGCUCCCGUAGUCGUACUAAUCCAGAGUCUGAUGUUCGGAUGAGUAAAUCCAAAUCGGACAAUCAAAUCAGUGACAAAGCUGCUUUGGAAGCUAAAGUGAAAGAUCUUCUGACUUUAGCAAAAACUAAAGAUGUGGAGAUUUUACACUUGAGGAAUGAACUCAGAGAUAUGCGUGCUCAGCUGGGCCUUAAUGAAGAUCAGCAUGAGGGUGAUGAGAAGUCUGAGGAAAAAGAGGCCAUUAUUGUUCACCAGCCAACUGAUGUAGAGUCUACAUUAUUAGUGUUACAAGAGCAAAACACUGCCAUCCGAGAAGAGCUCAACCAAUUGAAGAAUGAGAAUCGAAUGUUGAAGGACAGAUUAAAUGCAUUGGGCUUUUCUUUGGAACAAAGGCUAGACAACUCUGAGAAACUCUUUGGCUACCAAUCUUUGAGCCCAGAGAUCACAACUGGUAACCACAGUGAUGGUGGUGGCACUCUUACAUCUUCAGUGGAAGGUUCUGCUCCUGGUUCAAUGGAAGAUUUGUUGAGUCAGGACGAAAACACCUUAAUGGACAAUCAGCAUAGUAACUCCAUGGAUAAUUUAGACAGUGAGUGCAGUGAAGUUUAUCAGCCACUUACAUCAAGUGAUGAUGCCUUAGAUGCUCCAUCGUCUUCAGAGUCUGAAGGAGUACCAAGCAUAGAAAGAUCUAGGAAAGGAAGCAGUGGCAAUGCAAGUGAAGUUUCUGUAGCUUGUCUGACAGAACGGAUACACCAGAUGGAAGAGAACCAGCAUAGUACAGCUGAGGAGCUUCAAGCAACACUUCAGGAACUUGCAGACUUACAACAAAUAACUCAAGAGCUGAACAGUGAGAAUGAAAGACUUGGAGAAGAAAAAGUAAUUCUUAUGGAAUCCUUGUGCCAGCAGAGUGACAAGUUAGAACACUUCAGCCGACAGAUUGAAUAUUUUCGCUCCCUUUUAGAUGAACAUCACAUCUCAUAUGUUAUUGAUGAAGAUAUGAAAAGUGGGAGGUAUAUGGAGUUAGAGCAACGUUAUAUGGACCUUGCUGAGAAUGCUCGUUUUGAACGAGAGCAACUGCUGGGUGUCCAGCAGCAUCUGAGCAACACUUUGAAGAUGGCAGAGCAAGAUAACAAGGAGGCCCAAGAAAUUAUAGGGGCACUGAAAGAACGGAACCACCACAUGGAACGAAUUAUUGAGUCAGAGCAGAAAAGUAAGGCAGCAUUAGCAGCCACCUUAGAGGAGUACAAAGCCACAGUAGCCAGUGACCAGAUUGAGAUGAACAGGCUAAAGGCUCAGCUGGAGCAUGAAAAGCAAAAAGUGGCUGAACUGUACUCUAUACACAACUCUGGAGAUAAAUCAGAUAUACAAGAUUUGCUGGAGAGUGUCAGGCUGGACAAGGAAAAAGCAGAGACUUUGGCCAGCAGUCUGCAGGAAGAGCUGGCUCUCACUCGCAAUGAUGCCAAUCGAUUGCAGGAUGCCAUUGCUAAGGUUGAAGAUGAAUACAGAGUCUUCCAAGAAGAAGCCAAGAAGCAAAUUGAGGAUCUCAAUUUGACUCUAGAAAAGCUUCGGGCAGAGCUGGAAGAAAAAGAGACUGAAAGAAGUGACAUGAAAGAAACCAUCUUCGAGUUGGAAGAUGAAGUAGAGCAGCAUCGAGCUGUGAAACUUCAUGACAACCUCAUCAUAUCUGACUUAGAGAAUACAGUUAAAAAACUUCAGGACCAAAAGCAUGACAUGGAAAGAGAAAUAAAGACUCUUCACAGGAGGCUACGGGAGGAGUCCGCAGAAUGGCGUCAGUUCCAAGCUGAUCUACAGACUGCCGUGGUCAUAGCAAAUGAUAUCAAAUCUGAGGCCCAGGAGGAGAUAGGGGACCUAAAGCGUAGACUGCAUGAGUCUCAGGAGAAAAAUGAAAAGCUCACUAAAGAGCUGGAAGAAAUAAAGUCACGCAAGCAGGAAGAGGAACGUGGCCGGGUAUACAAUUACAUGAAUGCUGUAGAGAGGGAUUUGGCAGCUCUGAGACAAGGAAUGGGGCUGAGUCGCAGGUCAUCCACUUCCUCGGAGCCAACUCCCACCGUAAAAACACUAAUCAAAUCCUUCGACAGUGCUUCACAAGUUCCAAGCCCUGCCACAGCCACAAUUCCUCGCACUCCUCUCAGUCCAAGCCCGAUGAAAACACCCCCAGCAGCUGCAGUGUCUCCUAUGCAGAGGCAUUCUAUAAGUGGACCAAUAUCCUCCUCCAAACCCCUUACACCUUUGUCAGACAAAAGACCAAGCUAUGCAGAAAUCCCUGUUCAAGAACAUUUGUUGAGAACUUCCUCUACCAGCAGACCAGCCUCAUUGCCAAGAGUACCUGCCAUGGAAAGUGCCAAAUCUAUUUCAGUGUCUAGACGAAGUAGUGAAGAAAUCAAACGGGACAUUAGUGCACCUGACGGAGCAUCUCCAGCCUCUCUCAUGGCAAUGGGAACCACCUCACCACAACUCUCUCUCUCCUCCUCUCCUACAGCGUCUGUCACCCCUACAACACGAAAUCGAAUAAGGGAAGAAAGGAAAGACCCUUUAUCUGCUCUUGCAAGAGAAUAUGGAGGUUCCAAAAGAAAUGCCUUGCUGAAGUGGUGUCAGAAGAAAACCGAAGGAUAUCAGAAUAUUGACAUCACAAACUUCAGCAGCAGUUGGAAUGAUGGGUUGGCCUUCUGUGCAGUCCUCCAUACUUACCUCCCAGCUCACAUUCCGUAUCAAGAACUGAACAGCCAGGACAAGAGAAGAAACUUCACUCUGGCCUUUCAGGCAGCUGAAAGUGUUGGCAUCAAAUCUACUCUGGACAUCAAUGAAAUGGUGCGAACUGAGCGUCCAGACUGGCAGAAUGUCAUGCUGUAUGUUACAGCAAUUUACAAAUACUUUGAAACUUGAAACCUUGUUAAUCCAAAAGAUUUGCAGAGUGGAAUCAUCACUAGCUGCCAGACAGAAACGUGACUGAAAUGCUAAUCCCAGAUUCACUGAAAUCUGGCAACAUUCAUGUCCCUCAACCUUCAGUGACGCUAUCAUGGAUUGUCUCAAACUGUUUCAGCCAACAAACCUUGGAACACAGGUUAGAAGCAAGAACUUUUUACCAGUGUGCUAGGUAUAUCCCAUGGUAUUGAGUUAUCCAAAUUAAUUACGUAGCCUAAUAAGACUGGCCUUCUAGGAACUGCCUUUACAUCCAGACUUCCUGAAGUUUUUGUAUUUCCUUAAGAGAGACUGAGGUGUAUAAUGCUGUAGCAUAUACAAAAUUGAAUGUACAGCUAAAACUAUGAGAAGGGAAAGGAUGAAACAGCAUCAAAAUGAAUUUUCUCUACUAUCAGAAACCACAGAGUCUGGGUGAAUAUUCUACCCACUACACCCCAAUACAGUAAAAAUCUUAAUAGUAACUGAAGUUACUGCCUUAAUUAUUUUUCCUCCUCUCUAAUGUGCACAAUAUUCAAGGGAAAGGAGCUUUUAUUCUGUCAGGCUUACUUGACUGCAGAGUGCUCUCAACACCUGGACAAACCUGGCGCAGAAGAACUCUUCAGUGUAAAGCUCUGUUUAAGCCUACCUCUGACACACAGUAACGUGGCUUCCAACUUUAUCUAAUGGAUUAUAAGGACUAGCACAUACAAUUCCUGGCUUGAAGAGUAUACUGUACUUACAUGGAGUUAUAUUUCAUAUAAUUUUCUGUGCUUCCAUUAUAACUAAUGAGAUUAAUCAAGAAUUUAUCCUUGUAGAACUUGUCUCUAUCCUCUUCUUCCUUUGCCUGCAUAGCACACGGAGAAAUGCCGACCUUUCCUUUACAGCAAUACAAGCAUACAGUAUCUCUGAUUACAAUGGUGGAAUUAUGCCAGUGGGAUAUCUCCCUCUACAGAGAAGAUAAUUGUCAGUAAUGGGAUGUCCAGUUUUGCAGUGUUCCGUGUACACUUUUCUUUGGAUCUUGCAGAUACUGGUCUGACUGAAAGAAAGCAAAACACGCUACGAAGAGAACUGCAGUGGGAUUUAUUUUUAUGUAAUCCUGUUCCAAUCUGGAAUAUUGUAUCACAAAGACUAAUGCUCCUGAGGAAAGAAUGAAAAGCUUUGGUCUGCUCAGAUUGUAUUCUCCUAAAAUGCACCUCAGUUCAUGUGGCAAAACUCUCUGGGCAAAAGAGCUCAAGCAAGUGCCUUAAAUAUCCUUGAGUUGGUAGACCCUGGAGCUCCAGGGCACUGUGCAAAACAGUAGGAACUCAGAAGGAUUUCUAGUGGCAAACAGACAUGUAUUGUUAAAAUGAUUUUUGUAAUCCUGUACUUGUCAAACCAAGGGAAGGCUUUCACCCUACCAUUGUGUUCCUGCCUCUUACUUCCCUACAUAGUUAGCAACAGGAAAGAGCCUCUCUUUAAUGUUGAGCUGAAGCUUUCAUUUAAUGACCACCUUUAUAAAUACACUUAACCUACCAACAGCCCUGUUCGAAACAAUGAUUCUGUUAUUCCUAUUGUGUGCCUAUAACUCUUAUGGACAGUUUGAAUGAAUAGAUGUUAACAGCUCAGUGAAUGCAACUGUGCUUGGCAACUAUUAGUGCUAUCAGGAAUGAAAAAAACACUGAUUCAGAUCAAAACUAUAUAGCCAGUCAGAAUAGCUAGCGUCCUGAAGAAUGUAACCAAUCUGAAGAGGGGGCAUUUCAGCAUGCCUCUGGCAUUUAAACAAACCUCGCACCUCUUAACUCCGAUAUUAUAAAGCUCAACUAACUCUUAAAUUCUGAUCAGUGUCUGUAGUGGAAGGAAUAAAACAAAUGUCUUGAGUGACGGGGGCAAAGGGAAGGGUUUAUUAAAUGUCUGGUAAAUAACCAUUUAGUCCAUAGAGAGGACACUUGGAGAAGUUUCCAGAGAAGCUGUUUCUGGUGACUACUUCCUCUCUGAUUGGGAGGCUAAUGUUAGGCAAGUAGCUAAAAAUUCUCAGGCUGUGAGUAAACAGGCUUGAAGAUCCUCGGCAACCAAGAGAAAACGGUUGCAGAAGAGACUUCAAAUAAAAAAAUCUUCAUAAGAUUUGAAUAGAAAGAAGUGGGAAAUGUACACUAUCACUUUCACAAACUGCUGAAAUCCCAUUUCUGCACAUUUAUGCUACGGGAGGCUGUUCUCUUUUCCUUAUGAAUUUAAGUUGUCUAUUUACAGUUGCAUCAUUUUAUUUAUUACAUUAAGAUUGAAAAAAAAUUAUAAUUAAAAAGAUAGCACUCCUCAUUCUAAAUUCACUAGUAACCUAUUUCUUUAACAUAGUUUGAGCCAAGGGCUCAUUUUAGCUAUUUUUCUGCAAAGUGGUGUCUGAACUUUACUUGCCUGGAAAUCUGUCUGUCAUUAAUUGUAAUAAUAUUGAUCAUGUAAACAUCCAUAAAGAAGGAACUCCAGUUUUUUCAAAUAUAUCUAAUUAGGCAACAUGACAGAACCAUUAAGAAUCUGCAGAGAUGGAAGUUUUAAAAUAAUAAACACAGACCUUCAUUAGAAAUGAAGAAAUCUACAGAUUGCUUCUUGGCGCGAUCUGUCUGUUUUGGUGGGUUUUGUUUUUUUGGUUAUUUGGUUGUUUUUUGUUUUUGUUUUUUAUCUGAAGUUUUACUUGGUGUUGAUGGUACACAAGUAUUGGAGUCAGAUCUGGAAAGAGGUAUGAGGCUCCAUAAAGAAAUUUCCUAGAGACACAUCUGAGCCUUUACAAAUAAAAUACUGUUCUUCUGACACAAUGAAAGGAUAUUCAAGAAAGGGAUGCAAGAAAUAAAACAAACUGAACCCUGGUACACAGUAACAGAAUGUUCAGAAAGGCGGAAACAACAAAUCUCUCCUUUUGCUAAUUGGAAGAAUGACUUAUGUAACCUUUCUGGAUAGAAAUAAUACACUUCAGUAUGGUUCCAAGUCAUACUUCACCCUGAAAGGGCCAGUUCUGUUACACAUUGUAGAGCGCAAGCUUCUUGCUGUUUGACUUGAUUUUUUUGUUCUGUUUAGUAUAUCUAAAUGUACUCCAAAUGCCAAACAAUGUAUGGUAGAUUUAUUUGUAUUGCAUUUUAGUAUGUGCCUUGCAAAUGCCUGUGUUUUAGUAGGUCAGUGUUAUUCAUGUCCAUCUCUAUAAGAGGUGCACAUAACCAAAACAGCUUGGACAUGUUUAUGCAGAUUUGGCUCUGUUGCUGUCUGGAUAAUGUUAAGUGAAACACAUUCCACUGAAUGUAAAGAUGUCAGUAUCCAGUCAGGUGUGUGUCAGAUUUGUUUAAUGUUCAUAGUACAUCAGCAGCGAACUGAAUGAACAGUUGAAGCUUUUUCUUUACCUUCAAGUAGCAUCAAAGGAGGAAUAACUUAUUUUUUAAUAUUCAGACAGACGGUCUCCAGAAUUCUUUGAUGUCCAGAGUAACAAUAAAAACGUGAUGUGAACCUUCAGAAUCGAUGAGAUACAACUGAUUGGGUUUUCAGGUAUUUAAUAUGUUUAACUGAAAACACUUAUCCAUUAGUUUGGGCCAUGUAACUCAAUGGACCUCAUAAUGACCUUUCACUACAGCAAUAUCUGCUAGAAAUUCUAAGCAGAAGCUUCUAAUUGAAACUGGAGCCAUGGAGAGGCAACCCAGAAUGCUGUAUUAAUAAUUACAUGAUAUCCUGGUUAAAGAAUAAAAUGUCAUUCUUUGCCUUAUUUAUAUUAAACAUUGUUUCUGCCAGUUAUAUAUUGCAUUUAUCAGAGAGUGAUAGAUGUCUUCAGAUUAAUAAUAUGUUGUCCCUACCUUUCUGUGCUCCUGAAAAGUCAGCCAACCUGCUUUGAGAGGUCUCUAACUUGCCAGGGCGAUGAAACCAAAUUCAGCUGUUACACGGGUGUAAAUCCAUAUGAACCCCAUUGACUUCAGUAGUUAUUCCUGUUUUACACCUAUGAAGAGAGCAGAAUUUUGCCCACUCAGUCUAAUAUGGUGAUGCGUGCACAGCUGUGGUUUAAAUAGUUGUAAUAAAGAUGUGCCUCAGGAGUUGUCAAAGUGACAGCAAAAUCUCUAUGGUGUUUCGUAUUUGUUCCCUGUCAAUGACCUCAACAUCAAAUCUCAUCUGCCCCCGCCCCACCACUCAUUCUACCUCUGACAUUAUCAACCAUUCCAGACAAUAAAGAACCUGGUAGUGACAGCAAUUUUGUUGAUCGUAUGGAAGGUAGAACAGAAUGUUUUAUUGCUGCAUCUCUUGUUUCUGUACAAUUCUGACAAAGGUAUAAAAUGUUCUGACCAUAAACUCUGCUUUAAACUAACAAAUAGGAGUAUAUGCUUUUUCAAGAUUUUGUUUUACCAGCUGUGUUCUGCUCAUGGUUGUCUUAAGAGCACUGCUUGCCUGUCCAUUGACAAGCUGACGUCCCUUUCACAGCUUGCUCCAAGAAUGUCAAAACCGUAGUCCAUUUCUGCCCUGAUUCAAUACACAGCCCCAAGUAAGCUACCUGUGGAAAAGGGCAUUAUAGUCAUCAUAUAUCUGCACAAAUUGCUUGUCCCUAAGUUUUUUAUGAUCUUCCUAACUUGAUGUGAUCAAUGAUUUUUAACUUUGAGUCCUAUUUUUAUUUCAUGUCCCUCCAAACCACAUUGUUGACUACUGCUACAGUGCCUUGCCUCAGCUGAAUGGCUAAUGUAUGAAUCCCUGGGAAAGUGGACACCAACCUGAAUUUUAAAGUAAUUGUCAUCUCUGUGCCCCAGAGAUGACACCAUUCAUUGUGCUUCCUCUUGCCCGUUUACAUUGAUUGGCCAAAUAUAAGUCAGAUCAUUUCAGCUCUUCAAUUGACACCUAUUUCCCCCUCACAUCAAGAAAUGUAGUACAUAGAGCUUACAUCUCACUGUAAUGCUUGUCUGCUGCUUUUGCAUUUAAAUCCUUAACUCUUCAAUAAAUGAAAAUAGUGUUAGACAUUUCUAAUUUAAUGGCCCCAAUUAAAAAAGUGUAUCUACUACUGAGUGUGCCCCUCAGUAGUUUUUCUGCUUGUUUCUCAAUGAGAGUUCCUAUGCUCAAAGGAUGAGUUGCUUGCUGUAGUAGAAAGGGUUAUGAACUGCUAUGUUUAAUUUAAAAUAAAAAAUCUGUUGUUAGGGUUCAGCUGGGUUUGCUGGACAUUUCUAAGAAUUUAUUCAGCUCUGUCUGCUCUUAAUUUUAUCCUGUAAUAACUAGGUCAGUGUUGAGUACAUUUGGUAACUGUCAAAAGGUCAGUGUGCUCGGGUCUGGGAACAUUUGACUAGUUCAUUCUGGUGACUAAGUGGUUUAAAAGAUCUUUUUUUUAAUAUGUGAUUUUGUAUGAAGGGCUUGGCCAUUAAGCAGAAUACUGAAGUGGGUCUCUUAUUUCUUGUGUAUUCCAUGCUUCCCAGCUUUUACAGUUGGAAGAUCUUCAACUGUUUCAGCUUGACAGGAUUACUCUCCUGGUCUGUGUGAAUUAAUUACCAGUAUAUGUAAUUCUUUUCCUUCCACUAGAAGUUGUUUCCCUACGCCUAAACUUGCAUAAUACUUAGCUAUGGAAGCCGGGUGCCUUUGCAUUUUUCUCCAGUUGGAAGUGCUUUAUUUUUCACUUAAAAGGUUCCUGACCCUAAUUGAUACAGGGCUGUAUCUGCCAUUGAGUUGCACGCAGAUUUCCUAGUGACUUCAAUGAGAGUUCUGAGUGCAGAACAAUAGUAGGACAAGUCGCUUACAGAAUAUUUUGUGGCACCCUUACUGUGGUUAAAUUUAUUUCCCAUUGUCAUCCCCAUUUUCAGAGAUUUGUAGUGUGGCCAAAAUCAUUCAGUCUAGGCUGAAACUUGGUAUAUAAGCUCUCACCUGGGGAGUAUCCUUCGGUUUAAUAGUAUUUUUGAAGAAAUAGUUUGUAUUUGUUAUAGAAACUAAAGGAAAUGUCAUGGGUUUAGAAUCGUUGUGCUUUUCUAAUGCUUUUGAAUUUUAAACUGAGAAUUUUGCAUAUAGUGCUAGAAUAUGAACAGAUUUUUUUGGAGGGAAAAGAUUAAAAAAUGACUCGCUGUGACUCCACUGUGGAUAAGCAACAUGUUAAGUUAUGUGCAUUUCCUCUUUCCAGUGAAUAAUAUGUGUAAUUUUAAUCGUGUGCACUUCGUGUGUUUGUUUGGUAGCUAGAAUGCCACAACAGACAGUUAUUGCUGCAAAAGAGCCCUAACAAGUCUAUCAUAUACACAGGUCAUGAACCAAGAUUUUAAAGGAUAGACUGAAUUGGCAACAAAGGAACAGUUAAUGUUUGGUCAAAACUCCACUUCACAAAAUCUCUCUCUCUCUCUCUCUCUCUGCUUCACUUCUUUCAGGUAAAUAUGUAUUUACAUUAAGGUGAAUUUCAGGAAAUGGGGACAUAUGCAUGACAACAUACCCAAGUAACUUAUACAUGUAAAAAUUACAUAGUGUUUCAUGAGUGUUUCCAAACUAUUUUAAAAUGUGUAUCAUUAAAUAUUCAGUUUGUUACAACCUAUUCUUACUAGUUUAAUGUAGAUUUGCUUUUAAAACCUGCACCUCUUCCAUGUUUCAUCUGCUAAAGUUUGCUUGAACAAAAAAAAAGCCUUUGUUUUCCCAUUGGUUAAUACAAAUGAAAAGUAUGAAACUGCUAACUGGGAUAUGGAGCAUUUCCCCUCUAGAUUGCCAGUUCAAAUCCAGCUUAGGCCAAUCAUGACUAUCUGAAGGUUGUUCGGUCAACAUGAAAUGAAUUGGUGAUCCAGUUAAUAGUGGGCAGGUGUCAACAUCAGGAAGUCACAGAAUGACACUAAUUUGCACCACCCAAAAGGAUGGACACUGAACUGUCUUCUGACCCUUAGAAGUGGUACCUUCAAUUCCAGUUUGAGGUAACUGGCAGAGCAGUGUGGGAAGCUUGUCCCAUCCCCACCCGCUCUACCCCCUGUGUUGAGAAAGAAUAAGAUAAUUUUAUUGCCAUCUCUUUCAGUCUGGCAUCACAAGCAUUAUAUUUGCUUACAAAGUGGCCCACAACUUUGAUAAUGACACCACUGCUUGGAAUAUUAUCACUUGGCAUAACUGCUCUAGAGAGAAUUGGAAUGUUCCAUAGCUUUUAACAAUCAGGAAAACAGAAAACUGAUUUUAAAAAGGCCUUUCCAUGCAUUCUUCCUAAAUUUUAUUUAUUUCUGUGUGCAUUUGAAACAUGACUGAUCACCCUAGCAGUGAUUGGGUUGAAUGAGAGUAACAGUUCUAGUUCUAUGCAAAAAGCCCUUUCCCUUCGUACUUAACCACAUAUUCUAUUGUUAAAAUGGAAAAGGCUUCAAGAAAUGUCUGAGUUUUAAGUGCAUAGUUGUGUCAUAGAUUUGACUUUACAGUCUGAGUAGGGGGAAAAUAGUAUCUUUUCUCAGCUUCCCUUCCAGUUGGAUCUGAGCCUUGGAAGCAGAGGAGGAAUCCAAAAUUGUGUUUCAAUUAGACUGACGCCUGGUUCCAGUUUGAAAGGCAAAAAUCAGUAAUCAGUGGGACUUCCGAGGCUGGCAAUCCGACAUUAAUUUAAAGCCUUUGGAGAAAUAAUGUGCUUUUAGUUUUGCAAGUUCCACAAAGGAUCUGGGCAUUUGCUUUAUACAAAACAAUGUAUUCUGCAUUUGUAUUUAGUAUAUAUGCCUUCAAUUUGCCAAUGUUACCAUGUUUUCUUCUUAAGUUUGUGAAAUAAAGAUUUAUAGAUA